AUGGCGAGGCGGACGGGGGAGAAACCUCUGGGUUUGUCGCCGAAAACGCGCGCUGCUUUCUGGGAUAAACACCUUCGGUUUCACGGGGGAUUGAUGGCUUUUUCUUGGAGCUUCGCUCUCAUCUGCUCGGCUCUUUCAUGUGGAUAUUGCGGAGCCGAGACGGAGUUUUCCAUCCUGGAGGAAGCGCAAGUACUGGCCGACCAGAUGAAGACGCUGUCAUCCCAUGAGCUGGGAGUCCUAACUAUGCAGACGAUUUUCAACUCGUUUUCAUACAACGAGAAAACAUCAAACGGAGAGACGGAAGUGCAGCAAUUGGCCAAAAAGAUCCGUGAAAAGUUUAACCGCUACCUGGACGUGGUGAACCGGAACAAACAGGUGGUGGAGGCCUCGUACACCGCUCACCUCACCUCGCCGCUCACUGCAAUACAGGACUGCUGCUCCAUACCUGCAUCUAUGAUGGAGUUUGAUGGAAACUUCAAUACCAAUGUCUCCAAGACCAUCUGCUGUGACAGACUUUCCCCCAACGUCAACAGCCGAGCUUUCAACCCUGGACGGGACCUCAACUCAGUGUUGGCAGACAACCUGAAGUCCAACCCGGGGAUAAAGUGGCAGUACUUCAGCUCAGAGGAGGGCAUCUUCACGGUCUUCCCUGCACACAAGUUUCAGUGCAAGGGAAUUUACGAGCACCGCAGCAGGCCGGUGUAUGUGUCUGCAGUGGGACCCCAAUCGAAGCACAUCGUGGUGAUGGUGGACCACGGAGCGUCUGUAACUGACACCCAGCUUCAGAUUGCCAGGGACUCUGCGCUGGUCAUCCUCAACGCCGUCGAUGAACAUGACAAGAUCUCCAUUUUGUCCGUAGCAGAGGCGGUUCGCUCCUGUUCUCUGGACCAGUGCUAUAAGAGUCUGCUCUCUCCGGCCACCAGCGAGACCAAGAGGAAGAUGAGCACCUUCAUCUCCAACAUCAAGGCGUCGGACGGAGCCACACAGCACGCAGCGGGCUUCCAGAAGGCCUUCCAGCUGCUCCGAAACACCAGCAGUCUCUGCAAACAGAGUGCCACCACGGACAUGGUGAUCAUCUACCUGUCGUCCGGUAUCACGUCUCGAGAGUCGUCGGAGCAGGAGAAGAGAGCGACGCUCAGUGUGGUCCGAGAGGAGAACCGACACCUCAACAACUCGGUCAUGAUCCUCACCUACGCUCUGAUGAACGAGGGAGUAACGGGCCUGAAGGAGCUGGCCUUCUUGAGGGAUCUCGCGGAGCAGAAUUCGGUUAAGUACGGUGUCGACCGAAAGUCUGACCGAGACCGCUCCUCUGGGAUGUCCUCGUCUGGAUCAGCAGGAGCUUCCAUGAUGCCGGUGGUGAAGGGAAGCAUGAUGGUGCUAAACCAGCUGAGUAACCUGGAGACGACAGUGGGCCGCUUCUACAUCAACCUGCCCAAUCGCAUGAUCGACCUGGCCCGCUUCAGCCUGCCCUACUCCGACCCGAUGGGAGAUGGGUUUAUUAUGACCGUGAGCCGGCCGUGUUAUUUUGGUAACCUUCUCCUGGGCGUGGUCGGGGUGGAUGUGAACCUGGCGUACAUCUUGGAGGAUGUCACCUACUACCAAGACUCACUGGCCUCAUACACCUUCCUCAUUGACAACAAAGGUUACACCCUGAUGCAUCCAUCACUGACACGGCCCUACUUGAUGACGGAGCCUCCCCUUCACACUGACAUUAUCCACUAUGAGAAUAUCCCAGGAUUCCCUGUUGUCCGGCACAACAUCCUCAGCCUCCCUCUGGGCAGUCAGGUCAUUUCGGUCCCAGUCAACUCGUCCCUGUCCUGGCACACCAACCGACUGCGGGACAACAGCAAAGACGCAUACAACGUCAGCUAUGCCUGGAAACUGGUUCAGGACACGUCGUUCAUCCUGUGCAUCGUGUACGUGCAGCCGGAGAUCCCAGUGAAGCAUCUGAAGAACCUGAACACGGUCCCCAGCUCCAAGCUACUCUACCAUCGGUUAGACCUGCUGGGCCAGCCGAGCUCCUGCCUGCACUUCAAACAGCUUGCCACAGUUGAGUCCCCCACAGUGAUGUUGGCAGCUGGCAGUUUCUCCUCUCCCUACGAGCACCUCAGCCAGCCAGAAACCAAGCGCAUGGUGGAGCAUUACACCGCCUACCUGAGUGAUAACACCAGGCUCAUAGCCAACCCAGGCCUCAAGUCCUCUGUCAGGAACGAGGUUAUGGCGACCAGUCACGUCACGGAUGAGUGGAUGACACUAAUGGAAAUGAGUAGCCUCAACUGCUACAUUGUGCGCCGUUACAUAGCAACGCCCAGUGGGGUGCUUCGGAUUUACCCCGGAUCACUGAUGGACAAAGCCUUCGACCCGACCCGCAGACAAUGGUACCAGCAUGCGGUGGCUAACCCGGGCCUCGUCACCUUCACUGGUCCGUACCUAGAUGUGGGCGGGGCGGGCUACGUUGUCACCAUCAGCCACACCAUCCACGCCUCCAGCUCUCUGAUGGCCCCUGGAUAUGCAUUUGCAGUUAUGGGCAUAGACUUCACCCUACGCUACUUCUAUAAGGUCCUACUGGACCUGCUGCCCAUCUGCAACCAGGACAAGGGCAACAAGAUCAGAUGCUUCAUAAUGGAGGACAGAGGGUAUCUGGUCGCUCACCCCACUCUCAUAGACCCCAAAGGUCACGCCCCUGCAGAGCAACAGCACAUCACACACAAGGAGCCGCUGGUGGCUAACGACAUCCUGAACCAUCCCAACUUUGUCAAGAAAAACCUGUGUAACAGCUUCAGUGACCGCACCGUGCAGCGCUUCUACAAGUUCAACACCAGCAUCAUGGGGGACCUAACCAACCUGGUCCAUGGUAGCCAUUGUUCCAAGUACCGUCUGACCCGAAUCCCCGGCACCAACGCCUUUGCUGGUAUCGUCAACGAGACGUGUGACUCUCUUGCGUUCUGCGCCUGCAGCACCGUGGACCGGCUCUGUCUCAACUGCCACAGAAUGGAGCAGAAUGAGUGCGAGUGUCCUUGUGAGUGUCCCCUGGAGGUCAAUGAGUGUACCGGCAACCUCACCAAUGCUGAAAACAGAAACCCAAGCUGUGAGGUGCACCAGGAGCCAGUCAGUCUGAAUGUGAUUGAUCCCAGUCUGCAUGACACGCUGCCCCAGUGCAUCAACACUCGCUGCAGCCAGAGAUACACCAGCAGUGACUGUUUCGGCGUGCUGGACUGUGAGUGGUGCAUGGUGGACAGUGAUGGUAAAACUCAUCUCGACAAGCCAUACUGUGCCCUUCAGAAGGAAUGUUUCGGGGGCAUCGUCGGUGCCAAGAGUCCAUAUGCGGAUGGCAUGGGACUCCUAGAUGAGGAGGUGGCAUCUCUGAACAUGAUCAAGAGCGCCCCUGUGGGUCCAGUCGCUGGUGGCAUUAUGGGAUGCAUCAUGGUGUUGGUCUUGGCUGUGUAUGCAUACAGACACCAGAUCCACAGGCGUUCGCACCAGCACAUGUCCCCACUGGCAGCACAGGAAAUGUCAGUGAGGAUGUCCAACCUUGAUAACGAAAGAGAUGAGAGGGAUGAAGACAGCCAUGAGGAUAGAGGAAUUAUCAGUAAUACUCGAUUCAUCGCCGCGGUGAUCGAGCGGCACACUCACACGCCUGAACGGAGACGGCGGUACUGGGGUCGAUCUGGGACAGAGAGUGACCACGGCUACAGCACCAUGAGUCCGCAGGAGGACAGCGAGAAUCCACCUGGGAACAACGACCCACUCUCGGCCGGUGUCGACGUCGGUAACCACGACGACGACCUCGAUCUAGACACGCCUCCUCAGACGGCAGCGUUGCUCAGCCACAAGUUUCACCCCUACCGGCACACGCAUACACACCACCACCCGCUGCACAUGCACACGCACCACCUGCAGGCCGCGGUCACCGUGCACAGCGUGGAUGCAGAGUGCUGAUCUUCAGCGCUGCGUUUGCCCUCCUGCCAGGGACGGAACUUGUUGUUGUUAUUACAAACAAUUUUUAAAAACAUUUGUGCUUCAUUAGAUGGCACACAGUAGGUACUGUCAGGAUGGACGGAGGGAGAGAAAAGCUGCAGCUGGACUCGGUGUCACUGGGCUGCUGUGUCUCUGCCAUCAAUUGAUGAUUACUAUGGGUACAUGGUCUCAUUGUGCCAACAUCUCCAUUUCAACCCUUUUCCCCACAACCCAGUCCAACAUCUGGCAAGUGUACUCAAGUUUACACACACUCAAAAUGACCAGACCUGGACCAGUAAAAAAAAAUAUCCAAAUGAGAUCUUUUGUUGGUUUUUCUGAAGGCUUUUGGUGGAAUUUGGCGUGAGAGCGCACAAAAAUGCAGUUUGAGGCCAUUAAUUGAAGAGGACACAACUGGAACCUAAAAUCCUGAAAUGCAGAAGAGGAGUCUUCAUUGGAAGGCCAUAGAACAUACCAGAGGAUAAUCACAUUAACAUAGGCAUCUGGAUGCUGAUUGGACCGCUUUUUCCCUGGGCCUCCAGCCCAGCAUCCCCACGAGGCCCAGCUGUGGUGAGGGGCAAGAGGGGAACGGAGCCUCCUUUGUUCAAAAAUAUUUUAUUUUUUACACAGACCAGGAUCUAAUGUGGGAUUCUAUUCCAGCUUUAUUCUCAGUUCUGCAGAAAUAUACUCCCCACUUUGUUCUCUGGGAGAUAUGUGGACAUUUUCACAAGUGUCUGUAAAAUUGUUUGAAUGAUUCACAUAAAUACAGGAAGAAACUCUUAAAAGAGGAAAAGGUUAUUUUUCUACUAUUUAUUAAAAAGGAAGAUUUUCAAUGACAGAUUAUUAAGCAGCUGCUACGAACAAAAACAAGAAAGUAGUCCGGACAAGUGUAACGUAAAAAAAAA